AUGAAUAGUAUGGAGUCAGCUAAAUUUUUAACAACACUAAUAACAAAUUAUACAUUCAAUGAUAACAAAAUAGAAACAUAUGUGCCAUUUAUAUUAGAAACGAUUACACAACACCAGCUUUUAAGUAGUAAAAGCGAAUCGAGCAGAGAACAACAAGUAGCAUUACAUAAAUGGUGCACUCGAAUAAAUUCUUUAUUACAAUCUAAAGUAACAAAUGCAAGAUGGGCAGGAAUUUGUUUUAUUAAAAUUUCUUUGAAACAAUCUGGAGAAUUAUUUAUACAAAACUUGCAAAGUUGGGCCACGUCAUUAAUGAAAUCGGAACCAACGUUCAUAUUAAAAGAAAUAAUAACAACCUUGACAGAGUUAUUUAAUAAAACACAAAAUAGGCCGGAAUUACAAAGAGAAAUAACAACACAACAAUUACCACGGUUUAAUACAUUUUUAAUUAAGUUAUCAGGAUUAAAUAAAGAAUUAUUACCUACAAUAUUAAAUGCAUUAUCACAUUCGGUAAAAAAUUUUCCCACAAUAUUUCGUCCCGUUAAUGAGCAAACACAAAAAUUAUGUUUAAACAUAUUAUUAGAUGGUACUUACUAUUAUGAAUCAGAACUAGCUAAAAUGGCUAUUGAAUGUUUUACUCGAAUAAUCAAUUUUGGUGGUAAAUUAAAUAUGGAUUAUUGGAAAUUAACUCUACUUAAACUUGUUGGGUCUUUGAAUAAUAUUUUGGACAGGUUAUUUGAUACAAUUGAUGAAGAAAAGGACAUGCCAAAGAAGUUAACUGGUUUUGAGAUGCCACAAGUAUCAGAGGAUUAUGUUGUUGCUUUUCCAAUAUUAUUCUCAAGAUUUAAAUGUUUAAGUGAAUGUCUUAUUUCUUUGAUAAGUUUACCAACUUCUUUGCCUGUACAAAUUCCUGUGAACCAAAUUCUGGAUUUAUUAUAUAGAGUUUAUAAUAUAUAUGAUGUCUCAUUUGUUACAAAUAGCAAAGAUAAAAACGAAUAUUAUACACUUAUGUUAGGUAUUCCAUCAUUAUUAAUGAAUUGUAACAAAAUUCUUUCAGCCGCAAUUUUAAGCAUUGGUGAACAUUUAACGCGUCAUUUACGUGUGAUUUCUUCUGUACUCCUUAAACUUCUCAACAACUCAAAAUCACGAUGGUUACUUCGAGUAUCGACAUAUAAUUUAAUAACCCUUUGUAUGCAAAAAUAUGGAAUUGGGCUGACAAAUUCUAUAUCAUCAUCAACUUUAUUGUCCUUUAUAAUUGAUGAUAUAGAAAUAAUACAAAAAUCUCAAUAUGAUAUUUCUAAUAAUACUCCUGUCUCUACCAACAACAAGAAAUCAAGUAAAAAGAAAGAGUCAUCACAAAUAACAAAUUCUGAUGCACUUGUUAAUUCAAGUGGCCUAAUAUAUUUACAAGCGGACAACGAUGUACAAUGUUCAGCAUUAGAAGUAUUAAAAAUUUUAUUGCAAACAUGUGGAGCAUCAAUAUCAUCAAAUAAAAGACUAUCACUAGAUAACAUUCUAUUAUCGAGAAUAUUAUCACAAAACAUCUCAUCUACGUACAAUUCAAGUAAAAUUUUACUUAACGAGGAGAAUGUAAAUAUGAAACUAUAUGAGUGUUUAUUAUUUUCUAUAAUUUCUCCGUCAGAAUAUCAACCUACUAUACUACCGCAUGCUUUAAGAAUUUUUUCAGCUGGUCAAAAUUCUCAAUCAACCCAAUUACAAUCAUUUUGUUCAUAUGCAUUGUCAAUAUGUGAUCUAAUAUAUCAUAGUCGUUUGCCGCCUCUCGAACGAUCCUCUGCAAGUACACCAAUCACACAACAACUAGAACACACUACUGUAGAAAAUAUAUCACAACAUUCUUAUAUAGAAAAUAAUGACAAUAGUAAUAUGCUAGUUUUAGAGCAGUCACAAAAAACUUUCGAUAUUGUCCCAGAAGAAGCAAAUACAUUAAUAAUAGAACAAAACACUGUUAACAAAUUAGAAAUUAACAUUGAUAAAGCUAUAACUGCCGAAGAAAAUAAUGUAUUACGUGGUGAUAAUAAGUCGAAACCUAAUAUAAUGGAAGAUGGCAGUAAAAAUAAUAUUUCGAUAGAUGAUAAAGUUAAUAUGCAAAAAGUUGAACUACCUCAAUCUACCUCCUUAGAAAUGAAGAAGAAAAGAAUACGUUCUCCAUCUCCUAUUGGUGAAAAAGAAGAAUUAUCCAAGGAAGACAAGGAAAAGGACCAUGAUCGUGUUUUUAAAUCUCUUAGAAUGGUUGAUACUAAUGAUGAUUCUGACGAUGAUAUGGAAAUACCUGAAAUUAUCAUGGAAGGUCCUGAUUCUGAAUUCGAAGAUAAUGAAUAA